CUCCAGAACAACAUUACCCAGCACCCCCCGCGGCACGUGAUGCGAACGCUGACGUGUGUUUAGUCGGAAGUGUGAAUUUCCCCUUCGUCGAAUCUUGUCAGAGCUAAAAGUAAUAACUCGCAAUUUCGUGUUACAGAGCCACCGUUUCUUGUUAUUUCACCCGUGGACGGAUUCGUAAAGAUACUUGACGAUGGCUGGGGAAAUGUCAAUGAUCGGUUCUAUGAUCUUGGCUCUGUUCUUGGCCGGUUAUUUGGGACAGCAGUACCUCCCCCCACCCAAGCCCCGAGUCAUCGGUCUGGACCUGGGCACCACCUUUUGCUCCGUGGGCGUGUUCCACCCGGGCAGCGGAGAGGUGGAGGUGAUGGCGGACGAGGAGGGCAGGAGGAGCAUCCCGAGCACCAUCACCUUCACCGACACGGCGGUGCUGGCGGGGCACGACGCCGCCGACGUGGCCGACAAGAACCCCCGGAACACCGUCUACGACGCUAAGAGGUUCAUCGGGAAGGUCUUUACUCCGGAGUUGCUCGAGCAGGAGAGCAGCCGCUAUCCUUUCAAGGUGAUCUCCAACAACGGGAGCGCCGAGUUUGUGAUCACCACCAACGUCACAUUCACGGUGACUCCGGAGUUCGUCGGCUCCAGGCUGCUGCUGAAGAUGAGGAAGAUGGCCGAGCGGCAACUCGGCGUCCCCGUCCACAAAGCCGUCAUCUCUGUGCCUGCGGAAUUCGACGAGAGGCAGAGGGAGUGCACCGUCAGGGCCGCCGAGCUUGCCGGCUUGGAAAUCCUGCGCGUGAUCAACGAGCCGACGGCGGCCGCCAUGGCGUACGGCCUUCACAAGGUGGACGUCUUCAGCGUGCUGGUGGUGGACCUCGGCGGUGGAACCCUGGACGUGUCCCUGCUCAACAAACAGGGCGGCAUGUUCUUCACCAGAGCCAUGGCCGGAAACAACAAGCUCGGCGGGCAAGACUUCAGCCAGAGGUUGCUCCAGUACACCACAGAGCGAGUGCGACAGACAUUCGGCGUCGCGCCCGCACUCAAGGAGGACCUCCAUCGUCUCCGCCAGGCCGUGGAGGCGGCCAAGCUCAACCUCACCCUCCAGCCCAGCGCCACCAUUAGGGUGCCGCUGCACCUGCGCACCCGCGACGACUCGGCCCCGGAGCCUGUGCUCUUCGAGGCGACGGUCACCCGCCAGCUGUUCGAGGCGCUCAACGAAGACCUCUUCCAGAAGAUCCUCGACCCGGUGGAGACGGUGCUCGCCGAGGGCCACCUGGAGAAAAACCAGGUGGACGAGAUCGUGCUUGUGGGCGGAUCCACCAGGAUACCGAGGAUCAGGAGGCUCAUCGCCGAGUACUUCGGAAAGGAGCCCAACACUUCGGUGGACCCCGACCUGGCCGUGGUGACGGGCGUGGCCCUGCAGGCGGGCAUCAUGGGCGGAUCGUGGCCGUUACAAGUCAGCGCCAUCGAAAUCCCCAACAGACACCUUCAAAAGACCAUCUUCAACUAGUCUUUGAAUCCCGAACGGUCCAGAGACUCCCUGAAUGUACUGUAGUCCAGCCACUGAGAAUGAGAGUGGGCUAACUCCGUCGUUUCAUUUUCAGGGGAAAGACUUCAAGUUUUAUGGCUGCUGCAAAAAAAUUUAGUGCAGCAGUCCAAACAUCUGUCAACUCCAUCAAUAUUUCAUGCAAAAUGAUAAAUAACAUGCAAAUGCACUUGCACCAAGCGUAAAAAAAAAGUGUUGAGUGCAAUAAUGGUCUGACCUUUUUCUCUUCAUUUUUGUUCAGCGGUGAACCUUAAAAGUGACCAAAAUGGAGUUAGCCCACUCUCGUCCUCCGUCGCUCAAUUACACCUGGAAAAACAAACAAAAAAAAACAGACUUACCGUAAUUCCCGGCCUAAAGAGCGCACCUGGUUAUACGCCUCACCCAGUAAAUUAGUAAAGGAAAUACUAUUUGGUACAUAGAUACGCCGCCGCGGUGUAAAAGCCGCAAGUGCCCACUUUGUAACGCACAUUGGAACACGAGAUAUUUACAAAGAAAGACGGUACACAGAGUUUAACGCUAGCGCCGCCGUGCUAAUGCUAGCGCCGUGCUAAUGCUAGCUCCGUGCUAAAUCUAGCGCAAGCUAACGCAAGCUAACAGAGCGAGUAAAAAAAAAAAACAUACCAGUAAAAAUCGCUUGAGACACGGCAGUAACAUGCUAGUGCAGUGCUAACUGGGCCGGACCGGUAAAAGUCACUUCCUCGGCACUUAUAUUCCACCAAUCUCACUCUUACCUUUUUCGCUCGAGUGCCCCCUUGUGGCCGUUAGAAAAAUAAACCGCAGGGUCGAAAGAAAAAAAAAAGGCGCGGCUCAUAGGCCGGAAAUUGCGGUAAUUGUAUUGUGUCACUGUUGGUUCAGGGUAAAACUUGGAAACAAAGGGCCCAACAGCACUUUGGUACUGCACGACCGACCCGGAUGAAGAAUCUCAGGAAGUGAAAAGAGUCGGCUGAGGGGGGACCACGGGGUCGGUCGUAGGUUAAAGACCCCAUAUGGAAGGAAAAACUUGGGACCACAGAACUGUAUUCGGAGUGUGCAUCCCCCUCCCCCCCCCCCCCCCCCCA